AGUUGGUGUAUCAUUGCGCAUUUCCACAUGUGUUGAGCUGACCUUCUGCAACGAAGUGACUUGUUUAUUUUUUUUCUUUGGAUCUGCAGCAAUUUAAAUUAGGUAUUGAAAGGAAAGAAGUUAAUCAACCGCAGAACUGUUCGCCAUGGAUCUCAUUAAAAUCCUCGAAAAAACAGUGUCUCCAGAUACUCAUGAGUUAGAGACUGCACAACAAUUUUUGGAAGCUGCUGCUGCUCAGAAUCUUCCGGAGUUAUUAAAAUCACUCAGUGAUAUUUUAAAACAUGGAGGGAACAGUCCUGUUGCUCGUAUGCAGGCUGGCUUACAACUAAAGAAUGCAUUGUAUUCAAAGGAUAAUGCUAUUAAACUGCAGCACCAGCAACGUUGGCUGCAGUUUCCAGAUGAAGUCCGCAGUCACAUUAAACAAAAUGUACUGGAUUCUCUUGGUACAGAAACAGUACGACCUAGUUCAGCUGCUCAAUGUGUGGCCUACAUGGCUUGUGCUGAGUUGCCACAUGGAAUGUGGCCUGAUCUCAUUUCCCGCCUUACAAGUAAUGUCAUUAAUCCUGGUAGUACAGAGAUGAUGAAAGAAUCUACACUUGAAGCGGUUGGCUACAUCUGUCAAGAAAUAGACCCAGAGAUCCUUCAGCCACAGUCAAAUGAAAUUUUAACAGCUAUUGUGCAUGCAAUGAAGAAAGAAGAACCCAGUAAUCAUGUGAGGCUGGCUGCAACAAAUGCACUACUCAACUCUUUGGAAUUCACUAAAGCAAACUUUGACCAAGAGGCAGAACGUCAUUUAAUCAUGCAGGUUGUUUGUGAAGCCACACAAUCUACUGACACAAAGGUCAGAGUGGCUGCCAUGCAGUGCUUGGUCAAAAUAAUGUCCUUGUAUUACAUAUACAUGACACAUUACAUGGGCCCAGCACUUUUUGCUAUUACAAUAGAUGCUAUGGAACAUGAGAAUGACGAGAUUGCACUGCAGGGAAUAGAAUUUUGGUCUACAGUCUGUGAUGAGGAAGUAGACUUAGCUAUAGAGCUAUCAGAAGCUGCUGAGCAAGGUCGUCCGCCUGAACGCACAAGUAUGUUUUAUGCCAAGGGAGCCCUGCAGUAUCUUGUCCCAAUUCUUUUGGUUACACUUACAAAACAGGAGGAAUUUGAUGAUGAUGAUGAGUGGAAUCCUUGUAAAGCUGCUGGUGUGUGUUUGAUGCUUAUGGCUUCGUGUUGUGAAGAUGAUGUUGUCCCAUUUGUACUUCCAUUUGUCAGGGAUAAUAUCAGAAAUGAGAAUUGGCGUUACAGAGAUGCAGCUGUAAUGGCAUUUGGGUCAAUUUUGGAAGGGCCAGAUCCAGAGAAAAUGAAACCUAUUGUUGAACAGGCCAUGCCUAUGUUAAUUGAACUGCUCAAAGACCCCAGUGUUGUUGUGAGGGACACAGCAGCUUGGACUGUUGGCAGAGUUUGUGAGAUUUUACCAGAAUCCGUUUUACAUGAAGCUUGUUUAACACCAUUAUUAAAUGCUCUUGUGGAAGGGCUUGUUGCUGAGCCUCGUGUUGCUACAAAUGUUUGUUGGGCAUUCUCUAGUCUUGCAGAAGCAGCAUAUGAAAAUGCUGAACAGCCUGAAGAUGGUACUGAGCCAGAAACUUACUGUCUUUCCAAUUAUUUUGAAAUCAUAGUUGAAAGACUUCUGCAAACUGCAGACAGGACGGAUGGCAACCAGCAUAAUCUACGCAAUGCUGCUUAUGAAGCUUUGAUGGAAUUGGUUAAAAACAGUCCCAAGAAUUGCUAUUUGAUUGUACAAAAAACUACAAUGAUUAUUCUUGAAAGAUUAGAAAGAGUUCUAUCUAUGGAGGGUGCUAUUCAGUCAACUAAUGAUAGGGUACAAUACAAUGAUCUUCAAUCCCUCCUAUGUGCUACUCUUCAGAGUGUGCUGAGAAAGGUUACACCUGAAGAUGCUCCAAAAAUAUCUGACCAAAUUAUGACUGCUCUAUUGAGAAUGUUCCAGUCAACUAGUGGCAAAGCAGGAGGGGUUCAAGAAGAUGCUUUAUUAGCUAUGUCCACUUUAAUUGAAGUUUUGGGCGAACGAUUCCAGGGCUAUAUGGAAGCCUUCAAACCAUAUCUGCUUCUUGGAUUGAAAAACUAUGCAGAAUAUCAGGUUUGUUUGGCUGCUGUUGGCAUUGUUGGUGACCUGUGUCGUGCUCUUGGCACUAACAUUUUACCACACUGUGAUGAAUUAAUGAUGAUGCUUUUGGAAAACCUGGGGAAUGAAGGUGUACAUCGUUCUGUGAAACCUCAAAUAUUAUCUGUGUUUGGGGAUAUUGCUUUGGCUAUUGGAACAAACUUCAAAAUCUAUUUAGAUGUUGUAAUGACCACGCUACAACAAGCCUCACAAGCUCAAGUUGAUAAGACGGAUUAUGAUAUGAUUGACUACCUAAAUGAGCUUAGGGAAGGAUGUCUUGAGGCAUAUACGGGUAUUGUUCAGGGGCUCAAAGGUGAUGGUGAAACUCCAAAUACUGAUGUAAUACUUAUAGAACAACAUGUGAAUCAUGUCGUUUCUUUUAUUGAGCACAUUGCUGUUGAUGAUGACAAAAGUGAUAGCAAUGUGGCAGCUUGCUGUGGGCUUAUAGGGGAUCUUUGUUCUGCCUUUGGAGGGAGCAUGCUUCCUAUGGUUGAUAGGGAUAGUAUCAGUAAUUUGUUAACUCAGGGUAGACGCAGUAAAGUACAAAAGGCCAAAACUUUAGCAACCUGGGCUACUAAAGAAAUCCGAAGACUUAAGAAUGCAGCUUCGUGUUGUGAUGAGGACAAAAACUUUGACGUUGAUCACAAUAUUUUGAUCAGCAACAAUUUUCAUUUGGAGAUGGCUGUGGGUAGCCGUAAUGCAUGAAUUGUGAAAGGACUUCAGACAAGACUACCUUCCGACUAUUACAGCUUGGAAAAAAAACAGUGACUGACGGCGUCAACGACACUUCCCCACCCCAAACUGGCAUUGCUCCGCUAAACAGCUGGUCAGUGGAAGGGCCUUUUCUACCACCAGCACCACCAUGACUGAAAUGACAGCAUCAUUAAACAAUAAUACAAAGUUUACUUGACACAUUCUGCCAGCGAGUGAGUGAACAGUGAAAAAGGAAGCAGUGAGAUAUCAACCAAGCAAAAAAAAGACUGAGUGAAGAGUGGACGAAAUUAUGAAUGCUCACUGAGUGUAAGUCCCAAGCCAGAUUUGAUAUGGACAUGUCAUAAUGUUGAGCAAUAUCUCUCGACCAAAGGUCAGCUUUAAGGAUCUUUCAAAGGCUGCUCCAUUGUGACAUGGCAAACUGUAAGAAGUCGGUUAUGUUAUAUUUGCUUGAGUUAGUGACAUGCUUGUGAAGUUUACUUUCUAUUUUGUGGAUAUGAAGGCAGUUUGGAGGAAGAGCAGCAUUCAAGACUGUUUCAGCUGAUUAUAAAUUUUUACUUAUCUGUUGUGCAAGAAUUUCCUCUGCUUGCAGAAAUACACCACAUUACAUGCCGUUGUUUGUUCCAUUUAAAGUAAACACCUUGGCUGGAUUUAUGUCUGAUUUCAUAUUGCGUUGCUCAAUUUUUCCAGAAAGCAAACUAACUUUGCAAAAGUGAAGUAUUAAUACAUUUAGUGGUCUUGGAAGAAAAUUAUUUUAUGGAUAACUUUUUAUAUCAGUUAUUUUGUAAAAAAUAUUUUGUUUUUAUACAUUUAAAAGGGCAUGGACAUUUUUAGACAUUUGUAUGCAAUUAGGCUGCUGACAUUAAAAUAUUUUCUCAAUAAUUUCAAUGUACCAACCUAAUAAAAAUAUAUACUGUGCUAGAAUACUGUAAAAUUAACUUAAAGAUUUAAAAUUGUUGAUACUUUAUGCUGAUUUUAACAAUAAUUGUCAGCUUGAAAAUUAAACGAAUUCCAGUUGCAUUUCUGCACUUAAUAAACAGGUAUCUUAAAACCAUGCUCAAACUUCCUUUUAUGUACCCCAUAAUUAUGGAUAAGAUGCACUAAAAAGGUAGAGGCAUUGCACAUAAUUAAGCAAACUUAUUUUCUUUGAUAUACAAUAUGUUAGAAGUAGAAAUUUUGUCUCAGUAAAUACAGUUUAGUUAAUAUGUAAGUAGUUUGCUGCUUGUUUUUGCAUUCAUUUUCAGAAUGCUAGUCAUUAACAGCCCAUAUUGCC